ACCUGUUGUGCUGCCACAAAUUAAACCCAUUUGGUCGGUGACUAACAUUUCCGCAAUCUCCUCAAGUCAGGGGAGAACAUGUCCCUCCAAAAUUAUGUAAGUUUCUCGUCACGGUGGGACUUUUACAUCUGUAUGCAAUGUUACGACUCGUUGCACCGCGCGACACACAGUUUCCUACCUCCGCAAGUCACUUGUAGACCUGUUCCCAAAACGCGUCCUGACGUCAUUGGAAAUAUGAAACAGCCGUCGUGCAGCUAAACACCGGGUGGGAAAGGGCAUCAAGUUCGCGGGAGCGUUCGAUCACAAAGCGCAAGUCCUGUUGCCCAAGUACACAUAUGUAAUUGCCUGCGUCGUGCACGUGCGCGGUUGUCUGGCCUCUACAGUGCGAUAUCAACGGCGAGCAUCGUCAGUAACACGCCGUGGAUUCACUCGGUCGUUCGCAGCAUCUCCGGAUCGCAUCCCGCACGAUCGGUUGGCCUCUCCUCCAUACACUCCAGCCAGGCCUCCCACCUUCAAUAAACUGGCAAACUGUCUUCUUCGGUGCAAGGCAUCCAGACUCCGCAGGAUCUGAGAGGAGACUGAACGGUUCAUCAUGGAUGCCGGUGUGGGACUCUUCGAGACUCUGUUUUUCGCCUCCCUGGCGGUGAACGUCUGCAGCUGGCUUCACUUUGGGCUCUUCGCCGUGAUGGACAAAAUCGUGGCUCCUGAGACUCAAAACAGAGUCACCAAGCUACGACUGGCCCAUAAACACAAUGCAGCUUUCAUGAGAAACUUUUACUUGGAUGCAGUGCUCUUCACCACUCUUCCCAUCGCGACCAUAGUACUAACUUUCACCUCGAGGACCCUAGAGUCACCCUUCGCGGCCCCCUGUGCUAGCGAGCUCCGAAUCCUCUUCAGUGUCGUGUGCGGCGUCUUCAUCUUCUUGCUGUUCCGCAUCUGCCUGGUGGCCAAGAACGACUACGUCAAGUACAUGAACAUCAUCAUCUAUGUGGUGUCCGUGGCCACCGCAGCCGCUGUCUUCCUGACGGGGGAGGACGCCACCAUCGGCUUGGUCCUGGCCGUCUCCACGGGCGACAUAUUCCUCCUCAACUUGGGCAAGCUGAUGGAGGUCAUGCGGGUGCAGGAGGAGCGCUGCCGGCGGAUCGUCCUGUUCCUGUCCGCCUACACCUGCAUCAUCUUCAGGGCCUUCCUGCCGUUGGCCUGCAUCUCCAUCUCGCUCAUCAACGGCAAGCCCUUCCAGAUGAGCUACCCGUCCAUUUUUUUCUUCUUCGUGGGCAUCCUGUUCUUCGGCGCAAUCAACACCUGGCAGGUCAACGUGUCGCUGUCCCGGCUGUGCCGGCGCCGGAGGGAGACUGUGGUCGAGGUGCCGUAUCGCCAGUUCGGCCUCGACGGCGAGCCCAAGCCCGAGGACAUUGCUGUGGCGAGCUCGUCGAUCGAGGUGCCACCCUCGUACACCGAAGUGUGCGGAGACAGUUCAUACUUGCCUGCAUUCCUCCCAAUGUCCAGCAGCUCCUCCCAACUGCCCAACGGCGCAGCGCCCUCUGUCGGUACAGGAAAUGAGUUCCUCUCCCUCGACGCCAGCGCCUUAUCCGACAUGGCAAACAGACAAAACUCGAACUCAGUGGAACCCUCUUCAGAAAUGUCUUCCGAUACAGCAGCACUUGUGUGAAAAGAGCUUCAGCGUGGCUGUAACCGAAUAACGUUGAAAUACCACAUCAGCAAAUACUCAUGACAUCUUCCUGUGAUGCUGUUAUAACUAAAUUAUUUUGUAGCAGUGACCUUUUCUUAUAUUAAACCUCAUUCCCUAAUUACGAUGUCAGGUCUUUAUUUAAUGCUGUCAGCAACUAAGGCAAGCAUUCCUAUUCGAUGGCACCGUGGUCUUCACGGAAGUAUCCUGUGCGAGAAGCAGCAAUGAAACAGCAAUAUGUGUUGAAACUGUUUCGGUUUUAACUUAUUUCAGUAAUAUUGAAUAAGAUAAGGUUAAAGAGUUUCACCUGUUAAAUUGUCUGAGUUUUGAUGACAGGCCUUUUGCUUUCAUCUAAUGAAUAUCAGCUCAACUCUUGUACAUAGUAAGCCUGCAUAAUGUUACUUCCAAUGAUCGGGUUGGUUCUCACAAACUAAUUAUCAAAACAUUUUGUUGGCUGUGUUUGAGUCUAAGCUAACUCUGGUAGCCCUACUUGGGGAAUAUCGGACAGUGAAUACCUUGCAGAAACCUACCUCCAAAUUAAAAAAAAAAACAGUGAAGGAAAACCAGCAUUGAUCAGUUCAGAAAUUUGCUGAAGAUCCCCGACAACGUUUAUAUAAAUCAGUGUGUGUACUGUGUUCAGCAGAUCGCAGGGAGCCAGCGAGAUGUGCAUCACCUCCUUAGUUUGGUAUUUUAAUAUGCCUGCAAAUACGGGCGAUUCACAAUAUUGCGCCUCCAAGAGUUUGCAACGCGUCGGCCAAUCACAUUGCGCGAAAU